AUCACUUGCUAGCUCUUGAAGCAAUAAAUAAGCCCAUCAAUCCCUCCCAAGUGAGAAAAAGCAGAGCAACAACACAAACAGAGCAGCCAAACCGAAACCUUCCUUUUGUUCUCCCCACCUUGUUGCUCAAACUCGUCUCGUUUCAUUUCACGCUUUCAAGCUUCGCUCAUUCCCAAUAGCGCUCACACACACACACACACACACACACACAGAGAUGGAGAUUGAAUCCGUCAAGUGCGAGUGUUGUGGGCUGAAAGAGGAUUGCACGCCGGACUACAUCGGCCAGGUCAAGGCCAAAUUUGAGGACAAAUGGCUCUGUGGGUUGUGCUCUGAAGCCGUCAGAGACGAAGCGAGCAGGGGGAAGAAGCCCAUUUCCGCCAUGGAAGAAGCUGUCAAAGCUCACAUGUCCUUCUGUCGCAAGUUCAAAUCCAACCCGGCAGUGCGCGUGGCCGACGGCAUGAGACAGAUUCUUCGGAGAAGAUCAAGCGACUUGUCUUUCUCAUCAUCAUCAUCAUCAUCACCAGCUCCGCCGUCUUCAAGGAAGUAUUCCAGGGCAGCCAGCACGUCCCAAGUCGGAGAUUCUUCCACCUUCACUUUCUAAUUAAGACUGUUGUGGGGUUUGAAUUUGGAAUUAAUAAACCUGUUAGGUAUCGUUAUUAAUUUAAACCCCCUUGUCUAGCUAGCUAUGCUACUUUUUUCAUCUUGUCCUGUACAGGGUGUAACUGAUCAUUCAGAUGAAGCAUCUACCUCUUCUGGUUUCACUCUGCUUCUAAUCAAUGAUCUAUAUCAUGACUUGGUAGGAGAAGAAACGUAUGAAACGCGACGUAGGCCUGCAUUCUCCUUCAGAUAUAAGAUAUGUAGUGAACUUAAUUUAAAGCAGAAUAUUAGUUAUGGCCUUUCUUUUUGCAUGUUGCUGAUAGAAUAAGCCGUGAGUCUUAUUCCUUCUUUGAAAUUUAUCAUUUUGUGUCUCCUUCAAGGAUUUCAAAUGACCUGAGAUAUGGUGGUGAAUGAUAUAUUGAGUCAGAGAAGUAAGAUUAGAAGUUGUGAAAUCCGUUUGGUUUCAUAAGGUUAUGGAGAAAUUUGAAAAUUAUAUAUUGGACAUAUUAGAUUCAUGGAGAAUUUGAGUUCCUCACUGA